AUGAGUGUGCUAAGUUUGUUCCGCAACACGUCCUCCGCGGCGGGUGAAGUAGUGACGCUCCGGGACUGCCUCUACUCUGGCGGAGGCGGCGACGGCGGCGGUGAAGGGUUCUCUCACGCCUCCUGGGCCGUCAUCUCCACCUGCGACGGGCUGGACGUGUGCGCGGAGAUCUGGUGCGUCAACGGGCCGAAGCUGCGGAGUCCAGGGGCGUCGGCUCUGGACGGCACCCGCUGCGGGAGAAACGCCAAUCGAAAACAAGUUAAAGGAAGCAAAAAGAACGUGAAGAAACCUCGCAGAGUAUUGGGUAGGUCUGGUAGGCGAAACCCUCUGCCCAACAUAAGCAAGAUCGAAUCCCCGACCCACCUGAUAAUCAAGGAAAGGAUGAAUUACGUCGAGGGCAAGGGAUGGAAGAUGCACAUUCUCAAGAUACAGACGACCAAGUUGUCGAAUAGAAGAGUCACCGUGAAAAAGUACACAAUCAAAUGCGCUGCUUAA